UUCCCAUUGGUUGAAAUGGGUGUUGCCAUGGCAGCACUUGUAAACAUUCAGUCUGGGAAUCCUGGGGAAAAGCUGCAGAGAGGCUCUUUCUGCGGCUUCCCAGGCUACUACGGUUCCAAACAAGGAUCUGUCUGGUCACUCAGAUCUUCCCAUUGGGUGGAACCUCCUGGGAGCCAGAAGGCACUGAAGAGACCACUGCUGUGGUCUGGUCAGAGGAAAAUGGAUGUGACUAAAAGUGUCAAAACUCAGACGAAAAUAGAUGUGGAUGAAAGUCCUACAAGCCAGACGACAGCCACAGAAGACUACAGCAACCUGACGGAAACAGCUCUGGCUUCAGUUAACAGGGCCGUCACUGAUGCUGUUAAGGCUGUAGAAGAAGCUGAAAACCCCAUCAAAAACAUCACCUGGAUCACACACAGUGAAUUCACAGAAGAAAGAGGCCGUGAACAAAUUGAAGAGUUCAUUUUGACUUGGGAGCAUCAAGACAACUGGCUGCACUACACAGAACUCAUAGAGAGGAAAGACUUGAUUCACAGCUUCCACUACAUCUACUGUGUACGCUGGAGCAUUCCAACUGCUUCAAGACCCGUGACACAAGUUAGUGCUGCUGCCUUCUUCACCAUCAAGGUCUUCAAAAGCAAACCAGAUAUACCCAUUGAAGUCUCUUACAUCUUUGAGGACCAUUCAUUAGUUCACAGACCCGGAAUGACUUGCUUUCAAGGAAAAUGGCCGAAGGACAUUACUGAGUCCAAAAAUACUCUAAUGGAGUCAAUUGACUUCUAACGCAAUUGUGUCUGAUUCUUAGAGAAUGUUUUAGGAUUGGAUUUCUAG